AUGUCGAGUUGGCUGGCUUUCACCCUCUUGGGCCUCUGGGCCGUUCUCGCAGUUGCAGCACAGGACCAGACAGCUCGGGUCUGGGCAGUAUAUGCGUAUACCAUCAACGGGGAGGGCAUACCACGAGUUUUCCCACGACCAAGAUCAUUGACCCCGUUCGGUGCCUACCAGCUCCAUGAAGCUGGGAUUGCAUUUCGACGUCGAUACGUGUCUCUGAGUUCAGGUGCCAAUGAACCGGGUACACGGAUCGAGAACCUUUCUCCCUACGUGCUUGACAACGACGACGUCAAGAUCACGUCCACGCCUGAUGUCACUGUGCUCGCGUCUGCUCAGGCGUUCAUGCAGGGUGUGUAUCCGCCCUUGAGAGAAUCGUUCAACGCCACAUUCUUCAACAACCAACUGGAAUUGGCCGACGGCUCGUCAGUCUCUACUCCGCUGGGCGGAUAUCAGUACCCGUCAAUCAUUACGGUCGGGGCGGAAGAUCCUCAAUCCCUCAUGAUAUCCGGCCAAGCAGUCUGUCCUAAUCAUGCUGCUGCGAAUGCGGAAUAUACCGUCAGCAGAGAGUUCUGGCAGACCUAUGAGGAGUCAGCUGUGUUCUAUAAUCGACUCCAUGCUCUAUCUCUGUCCGGCCAGUUCGACACAGCCGCGGCGAGCUAUGCGAACGCAACCACAAUCUCUGAGUUCCUGGAUUAUCAAGUCGUGCAUAACGAGUCCCUCUUACACAGUCUGACUGCAGAGGAUAUCAAACGGGCGCGGUGGUAUGCAGGCAGGUACGUUUUUGCGACGGACGGCAACAGAUCGACAUCCGGCGCCGCUGUCGACGGUAAUAUCCAGACAAUCGCAGGGCAAGGUCUUGCAUCCAGCGUUUUGGAUGCGUUUGAAACAACCAUCCAAGACCGAGGCGCCAAUGGGAAGAUGACCCUUCAGUUUGGCAGCUACCAAACGGCCGUAUCUUUCGCCUCGCUCCUGCAGCUGGCUACCACGAAUCCGAACUUUUCCUCGUCCAUACCGCGUCCAGGAUCCUCGUUUGUCCUCGAGCUGUUCAGCCUGGAAAGUGAGAGUUACCCGACGUACCCUGAUCCAGCACAUCUCUAUGUUCGUUUCCUCCUGCACAAUGGGACAAGGGCCGAAUUCGUUCCCUAUCCACUCUUUGGACAUAGCCCAAGCAACAUGGCCAUCCCAUUCGGUGACUUCCGGGCCGAGAUGCAGAGAAUGUCGUUAGGGUCGACCGAGGAUUGGUGCCGCCGUUGUAACUCGUCCACCGUGUUUUGCUCCGGUGUGGUAAAAACGCGACAGUCUCCUCUCAGUAAGACCCGCAAAAACCGCGGCGGAAUGAGUGCUGCUGUUGCGGGAGUCAUCGGAGCUGUUAUUACCAUCGUCGUACUAGGGUUGUUCGCCAUCGUCGGGUUCUUUCUUUGCUUGCGCGCCAGAGGGUUGCGUAAGCCCAGAGUCGGAGGGUUCAAGGGGAGUGGCAAGAUGGGCAGUGAUUCAGACCUUACCUUCAAAAACCCGCAGUGGGGAGAUACUAUCAAGGCUCCUGCCGCUUCGGCCAAAGGCCAUGAACGUCAUGGCAGCUGGGAAAUGAAGAACCAAAGCCCGCCACGGCUUGCGGAGCAGAGUGUUGGAGCAUCGUCUCUUGCAGACGAACUCGAAGAAGAAUGGGACAUUCACGGCACUGAGCCGGUCAAGCCUCACGAGCAUGUGUGA